AAAGUCAGUGAAACGAUUAUAAUCAGAUAAUGGCAACAACUUUGCCAAAAUCGGACUGUUCAUGUGACUCUUGGACAAAAAAUUCAAGUAGUUGUGAAUGGACCCCUCAUUUCGUUGACAAACUUGGCGUUCGCUUUUUCAAAGAGGACGUAUUGAAAAUUAUAUUAAAUAGGUGGUGCUUACUUCGUCUCUCAAGCGAUUCUAUUACAAAAGUAGAUACUCUAGUAAGUGCCUGUGAUUUUGAAUUUGAUUACGAGUCGAUAGAAGAAUUUCCCGAGAGAAAGGGCACAUAUGAGAAACUGAGGAAAAAAUGGAGUCCAGAUGAAAAUCAGAUGAUGAUGUUGAGUUUAAAAGAAAACGAAAGAAUGGUGAAUCUGCAUUGGUUGUCUGUUAAACUGCAUGAAAUCAGCUUUUAUCUACACAGUAUUAUCACAGAAAGGCCUCAGAAAGCAGUGUCAGAAUGGAAAUACCAGGUCUUAUUUGAAAAGUUGCUUCAACUUUUUUGCUUUGAUACUUUAAGCCAACCAUUUAUUGGGACAAAGAAGGCAUUAAUAAUGGGUCACACCAUUUCAUCCAAAGCUGACAUUAUCUGUUCUCGAUUAGACACUAGAUCUGAUAGUCCUAUUAUCUGUGUCUGUGAGACCAUGUCAGAGAAAGACAAUGCUUCGUGUCCGCCAAAGAAAAAGAUGAAACCUGAUGUAGCAGUUACAGCAAUGUCAAGGGAAAGUGACACUGCCUCAUCACAAGGUACAGCAUCUUCAAGAUCUAACAUUGGUGAUCAUAACUUAUGGGCACAACACAUAGGAGAUCUUUUGGUGUAUCUGGAUAAGUCAUUUAGAUAUGAUGGAGUACUUGGCAUUACCAUUGAUAAAACAUGGGUAAGAUUUACAUACCUUGAGGUUCCAAAAACAACCAUGAAGAAAAUUAAAGAAACACCUGCAAAUAGACCUGGCUCUCUGAAGGUAGAGGAAGAUGAACGUCCCUUAUUUUUCUACAGUGAACCCUACAAUUAUCUGAGUAGAGAAGAUAGAAAGAUUAUAUUCAAAGCACUCAUGCUUAUAAAGAAGAUGCAGUGUGGUUAUGAGAAGAUACAAUGAAUUGAGGCAAACAAGUUAUGCCUUGACAGGUCCUAAUUUUAAUUUGAGUGAACUGUAUAUGUUGAGUACAAGUUGAUGUUUACUCCUAUGGCAUAUUAAGUACUGGUUCUUCCU